CUAACAUUCCCCACCUUGUCCUAGGCACUUUGAACUCGUACUAAACUAUUUUUGAUAACACAACUUUUUAUAAAUUUUACUAUACUAGGCACUUUUUGACUCUUUUGAAAUAAGAACACGUGUGGUUCUAGUGGAUUGCUAGAUGCAAAUCAAAUCUUUAUUUCUGAAAUACCAAUAUACAGGCUGGUUCUGGAAUCCGAGUGGAAGUGGAAAUCAAAAUGAAUGCAAAAACGAGUGAAUUUGAUUUUGGUGUUCUGAAAUCCGAGUUUUUUUUCAUUUUAGAACUCGUUUUGUAUUCACCCUAUAAAUGAACUUUUCAUCUGUCAAAUGUAAAAAUGAACUUGAUAUCUGUCAAAUUAUUUGUCAACAAGAAAAAUUAAAACGGGGCGUAAUAAAAAUGAGUGCUUUGGUUAUAUUUUCAUCAAUUAUUUUAGAAAGGGAAUUACACGCAGAGGAAGCUGUUAGCAGGAGGAUUUUACCUGACCAUUCAAAUCCAUUAGAUGUACCGGAUUUCAAGUUUGUGGCAAGCUACCGGGUAAACAAAAGUGCUUUUGAAAUGGUGGUAAGCGUCGUAGCUCCGCAUGUCAAGGAAAGUAGCAUCCCGGCACGACUGCAGUUGGCGGCCACACUAAGAUUUUUAGCCGAAGGUGGCUUUCAAAAAUCAGUAGGGAAGGAUGUUGGUGUUGCAAUGGGUCGCAGUACAAUUGCGAAAGUUCUUAAGCGGCUGCUUAAUGUUUUAGAAAAAUACAUUUGUCCACGAUGGAUUAAACUUAAUAUGACGGAGGCCGAAAUAGCCGCAUCAAAACAACAUUUUUUACAAAACUUCGGCAUACCUGGCGUGGUUGGAUGUGUAGACGGAACACAUUUUCGGAUAACAAAGCCACAUAAAGAUCCAAGCCUUUUCUACAACCGAAAAGGAUAUUUCAGCAUCAACGCAAUGAUUAUUUGUGACUACAAUAUGACAAUAAGAGCAAUAGAUGCCCGUCGCCCUGGUUCAAGCCAUGACGCUUUAAUAUGGAGUGUGAGCAGAGCUCAAGAGUAUUUCCAACGCAACUACGAAGGCGGUGAACGUGGCUGUUGGCUUUUGGGUGAUGCUGGAUACGCAUUGCAACCAUAUUUGCUAACUCCGUUUAGAGAUCCAAGUGUUGCAACACCACAACAUACUUUUAAUCAAAGACACUCUUCGGCAAGGAAUAUUAUAGAAAGAACGAUAGGUGUUUUAAAAAGCCGAUUUAGAUGUCUUUCUCGUCUCCUACAGUACCAACCUCAAAAAGUAGUGCAGAUGACAAAUGUUUGCUGCGCUUUGCAUAAUAUUUGCAAAUACUAUAAAGUGCAAGAAUUGGUAGAGUUUGCCUCAGGAGAUGAUUAAAAAGGAAAACAGUUUUAAUGUAGAAAUAACAAACGAAACAACGCUUGAUGGAGAGGCUGCAAUAAUGCGAGAUACUAUAGCCAACCUACUUCAUACGAAUUCUUGAAAAUAAAGUGCGCGUUGAAAUAAUACAAAUAGAUAUUAAGUAAUGGAUUU